CUGCUGCUAGACCCAAGCUUCUUGGCUGCAUCCGCAUACGCCCUCGGCCCGCCUCCUGUCUGCGCCGCUCCGCCGCUGCAGAGUGCACCGCCUUCCUCCCGUGCGGCGGCCUCCACUCCCUACGAGCUCGCCGGCCUCUGCCCCAGACUGAAAAGCUACACACGCUCGCGUCUGAGCCGUCCUCUCCUCGCUGCUGCUCCGUCUCAACUUCGCUCGUGACCACCUCCAGCCUCCAAGCUACCUCAUCUGCCACACCUCUCCGGCCGCUCCGGCUCGCUGCAGCGUGCGAAGCCACCGACCGCGCCGAGCUACUGAGCUGCUACCGAGUCCUGUCAGCCGCACCGCAGUACGAAUAGCCUCGCACCAUUGCAGCAUCGCAGCACCGCCCCACCGGCACCAUGCGUCUCUCCCUCCUCGCUCUCCUCUCCCUCGCUUCGUCCGUCUUCUCUCUGCCCACCGAGCCGCACGCUGGCCCGCCUCCGGCGCGGCAGCAGCAGGCUGAGCGGCGCGGCGAAGGCGGCUGGGGUCCCGCCGUGCAGGACCCCGGCACCAUCGUCUCUCUCAUCCCGGUGCGCGGCGCGGACGCCGCGCUCUAUGCGUGGACGCGCGAGGGUCAGGAUUGGGAGAAGCUCAAGCGCAUCGUAUUUGUCAUCCACGGCAAGGGCAGAGACCCGUGGAACUAUCUGAACCACACGACAACAGCGCUGCAAGACGCCAUCGCUGCUGGCCAGCCCGUUACGGACGACGAGGUCGGCAUUUGGGCUCCAUCAUUCUGGAACAACCAAGAUGGCGGAGCCUGGCCGUGGGACGAAGCCACGCAGCAGCCCACUUCGAAUUUGCUCGUCUGGAGCGGCAACGAGUGGCAGGACGGCGGGAACUCCAUCUAUCCUUCCGGCCUUAACCUCUCCUCCUUCGAAGUGCUCGACAACGUCGUCUCCUUCUUCUCCAAUCGUGCCAUCUUUCCGAACGUCGACAGCAUCACAUUCAGCUCCCACAGCAUGGGCUCGCAGCUACUGCAGAAGUAUGCGUUCCUAGGCGACAUUCCGCAAGGCAUCCCGAGCCUUCGCUUCGCCAUCGGCAACCUCGGCGCAUUCACCUACUUUGACGACCAACGGCCGAGCAACGUCGGAGGCGCGGAGCCGGUCGAGCAGUGCGGAGACUACAACGACUAUCGCUUUGGUCUGAACAACGUCGAUUCUACCAUUGAAUACGGAUCGCCCACUCCCAACCGCGAGCUCUUGCUCGAGCGCUUCAAGUCGCGCACAUUCCAUCUCCUCCUCUCGCAAAACGACGACGGACCAGGCAACCUGCAAUGCGCUGCCAAGACUCAGGGCGAUUCGCACCGGACGAGAGGGGCGGCUUGGUGGGAGUACAUGAACGGGCCCAUGGGCGGCUGGCCUGCCAACCACACGCUCGACUGGAUCCCCGAUUGCACGCACGACGAUCUCUGCGUCUUCCGCUCCGCACAAGCUCAAGUUCGCCUCUUCUUGAACGACUCGAUGCAGCAACCAUCCUUCAUGCCCAACGGACCCGUCAACAACUUGUGGAGCGCCGGGAGCGUGCAGUGGGCCCGAGGCGCGAACGCAACGCAGGCAAUGCCGACGGGAACGACGCUGAGCACGGCUGCCCUGCAGACGUACAUUCCGAGCAGCACCACGAGUGGAGCGAGCGGCAAUGCGACGCAAGCAGGUGGCAGACAACAGACGAACGGUCAAGUCUCUUCGACGAACGCUGCCGGCGCGACGGCCACGACCGCGAUGCAGACUCUCGUGCUCGGUGCGGCGAUGGUGGGUGCGGGCCUGCUGCUGGUGUAGACGGCGAGGAGUGGGGGGCCAGGGAGGGAGGGAGGAGAGCAUACUACACACAAACAACCCAUUGUACGAUACUUGCUAGUCAAUCGCUCAUGCCCUUCGAUGUGUCACGC